UGAAUGAUUUUUCCGGGAUGACGUGACCAGAUGUUCUGUCAAAAGAGCCAACUCGUAGUCAUAUGAUGUUGAGGUGUAAUGUGGUCGGACAGAAAUAAUUCGGCUCAGGCAUUGCCGGGGACACCCCAGGAGGAGGUCAGAGGUCAGGGACGGCGGGGUCCUCCCUUUGGCUUUCCCAAUAUGGCGGCGCCCAGUGAGGAGGUGAGCUGUGAGGAUUUCACGGAGUUUCAGGAAAUCAUCCGGACGAUGAGGACGAUCGAUGAUCGCAUCGUUUAUGAACUGAACACGACCAUCCCCACCAUCUCCUUCGCUGGAAAGAUCGACGCCGGCCAGACCUGCAAACAGCUCUACGAAUCUUUGCGGGAAGCUCACGUCUCCCGGGAGAAAGCCAUAAAGAAUUGUAUCACUCAGUCCUCCAGCAAUGUGAACCGACUGCAGGAGUCGAGGAGGAAGGACUCCGACAAUCUACCGCUAGUUAAACAGCUCAGGAAAGAGCAGACGAAGUUGAAGCUGCUGCAGUCUGAGCUGAACGUAGAAGAAGUCGUGAAUGAUAGAAGUUGGAAGAUAUUCAAUGAGCGAUGCCGGCUACACUACAAACCUCCGAAGGACCAGUGACUCGGGGGAAACGUUCCAUCCUCCUGGAAGCUCUGCACUCUGAUUGGACAGGUGGAGGAUUCCGGUGAAGCGGAUCAUGACAUGGAAUCGGAUUUCUUCUGUCUGUGAUUGGACAUCUCACUUCUAGGAUCGGGCUGUGCGGACGGAUACCUUCUGCCAUUUUGUAUUAAAUUCUAUGUGACAAUGUUUUAUAGCCAUUAAAUAUAAUUUUCAAAGGAAA